UAGCGGCGGAAUAUGCGUACCGUCUCGCCUGUUUCGACCUCAGGGCGUGUCCAAUGGGCGUGUUCCUGUGUUUUCGCGGUGACGUAACCGGCGACCAAUGUAAAAGCAGCCCAGAGUUUUGAAAAUUGAAAGCGCCGCGGUGACUUAGGAGAGUUUAUGGGGCUGGCUGGCUAACUGGCCUUUUAGCGUAUUAUGCAGUUUCAAUUAAAAAAAAGCUAACAGUCAUACGACAUAACGUGUUUUACCGAUGCUUCCGUGUGCUUAGAUCGCAUUUAUCGGAUAACGGUAGCGUGUGGUUUGGUAGUCGAGAGGCCUUUUGUAGUGUUUUGUGUUGAUACGACAGAUGAACACAGUUACCAAACCACGCAAACCAAAACAGAUCCGAGACUGUCCGCUUACAAGCCGCCUGCCUGCGCCUACGGAUGCAGAACUGUGUUUUAAUGAUUUUCUGCCACUCUUUGCACUUAUUUAAAAAGUCCUGAGAGUUUACGUAAAAGACGGGUUGUGUUUUAGUGGUGGUUCAGUUGUUAGUAUUCCCUCGAUUUCGCUGUCACCCGUAACUUGCAGGGAGUUUGUUUCCUAACGAAGCGUUUUGGCUGGAAUUUAAUGUAUGUAAUUGCUAGACUUCUGAAAACAACUGCGUUUAGAUAUUUUAUUUUUUUAUGCUACAAGUAACUUAUUGAAAAUAAGUAUUAAGAUAUAAAAGUACACAGCUGUUGUUCUCUUACGAGGAAUAAUUUAUUAAAACUGUCGACGGAAACGAGGGUGAUCCUGGAACCAUGGAGGUGCAACAAGACGAGGAACCGUUGUGUGCCGGCCGGACCAGGGAAAUCAACAAAACGUAUAUAAUAUCCACAGUGACGAGGUGUGGGACACAGAAAGGCGCCCCGGGGAGCCGGGAAAGACUUACUCUCCAAAGGAGGAAAACCGAGGCCAAAGGGGCCCAAGAAAGUGCGAAGGCGGCUCAGGAAAACUCCGAGAACGACUGUGAGGCGGCGGUGAAAAGGCUGAGUUUACAGCGCAGAACCCGGGCCGCCCCGGGGGACAGAAAGGCCCCGAACGCCGGCAAGGGCGCAGAGAAGCCGUCGUCCCGCGGAGCCAGUGCGGCUCAUUCCAAGGUCCUGUCCGAACCGAACUGUAGGACUCCCCGAGGGACAGGCAUCCUGCGCUCGGUUAGUCUGAAAGAUCCAGGCUUUAAAAGCAAGGGAAGAGAUGGGAUCAAUGCUGAAAAACCCCCAGGAAAAGGCCCUGAUGGGACUUCGGGUCGCCUGCAGCAGAGAGCUGUCACUCAGGCCCCUGGGGACGCAGCCGGUGCCACGAAAACAAGUGGUCAGAGUCAAGUAUUUUCAACCCCAAAUAGAAAGACACAGUUCGAGAAAGUGAGUUUAAAAAUGGAUCUUUUUGAGAGGCUGGCUGGGAGAGACGUCCCCGUCGUGGUGUCCGUGAAACCUGAGGGGCAGAAGAACCCUGGGCGCUGCGUUAAGACGGCGGCGCAAAGUUCGGCCCAGUCCGGCAACACUGGGGCUGAUAGCCGGUUCGGAAACCUGAAAUCCAGCGUACAGCCUGCUCAGGUGAAAAGGGGAGCAACUCCCGCGGCAUCGGGGCGGAGUAAGGAUGAAGGUCCGACCCGCUGUGUAGCUGCUGGAGGGGCCCGUGUUUCGGGAGGGAGCACCGGCGCGGAUGCGUUACCGAAACAGGAGCCCAGUAAACUGGAGAACAGCGCCGUCACUGUAGCGGUGCGACUUAGGCCUUUCAGCAGCCGAGAGAAGAAUGAAAAAGUCCAACAGGUGGUCUUCAUGAAGGACCAGGAAACGGUCGUCCAGCACCCAGAUUCUAGGCAGUGCUACUCCUUCACCUUCGACUUCUCCUUCUGCUCAGUUGAUAAGUGCAAACCGGACUUUUCGAGCCAGCAGACCAUUUAUGAGAAGCUAGCAAGACCUCUUCUUGAGAGAGCUUUUGAAGGAUACAACACCUGUCUCUUUGCGUAUGGACAGACUGGGUCUGGAAAAUCAUACACAAUGAUGGGUUUUGAUGAAGAGCCUGGUGUGAUACCCAGAUUCUGUGAAGAAGUAUUUUCUAGAAUCGCAAACUCUGAGAAUAAACAGGUAACAUGCCACCUCGAAAUGAGCUACUUUGAAGUCUACAAUGAGAGAAUUCAUGAUCUGCUUGUCGUGAAAGAUGAGCAAAAUGGUAAAAAACUUCCGCUAAGGGUCAGGGAACAUCCAGUCUAUGGGCCAUAUGUUGCCGAUCUUUCUGCGAAUGUAGUGAGCUCCUAUACCGACAUCCAGGGCUGGCUUGAGCUCGGCAAUAAGCAACGGGCCACAGCAGCGACGGGCAUGAACGACAAGAGCUCCAGGUCUCACUCGGUCUUCACCCUCGUCAUGACUCAGACCAAGAGGGAGUUUGUGGAGGAAGAGGAGCACGACCAUCGUAUCACCAGCAAGAUCAACCUGGUGGACCUCGCAGGCAGUGAGCGCUGCUCCUCUGCCCAGACCUGGGGUGACCGACUCCGGGAAGGUGCAAGCAUUAACAAGUCCUUGCUAACACUGGGGAAGGUCAUAUCAGCUCUGUCUGAGCAGUUUCAGACCAGGAAGAGAGUCUUCAUCCCAUACAGAGAAUCUGUGCUGACGUGGCUUCUUAAAGAGAGUCUGGGUGGAAACUCCAAGACUGCAAUGAUUGCAACUGUCAGCCCCGCUGGCAGCAGCGUGGAGGAGAGCCUGAGCACGCUGCGUUACGCUAAACAGGCCCGCAUGAUCAUCAAUGUGGCGAAGGUCAACGAGGACAACAGCGCCAAGCUGAUCAGGGAGCUUAAAGCGGAGGUAGAGAAACUGAGGGCCGCACAGAUGAGCUCCCAAGGCGUCGGGCCGGAGAGGAUGAGGCUGUUUCAGCAGGAAAUUGCUGCUCUGAAGAUGCAGCUGAUGCAGCAGGAGAAGGACAUGGUUGAGGCUCAUAGGACAUGGAAUGAGAAGCUGGAGCAGGCUGAGAAACGAAAAAGAGAAGAAACGAAAGAAUUACAGAAAGCAGGUAUCACCUUCAAGGUGGAUAACCAGCUUCCAAACCUUGUCAACCUCAACGAGGAUCCUCAGCUGUCUGAGAUGCUGCUGUACAUGAUAAAGGAGGGACAGACGAAAGUUGGGAAGCGCAAAGCUGAGUCUGCCCAUGACAUUCAGCUGACGGGGGCCCUCAUCGCUGAUCAACACUGCGUUAUAUCCAGUGUAAGUGGGACAGUUAGCAUCAUGCCAAUCAAGGACGCGAAGACCUUUGUGAAUGGAGACCUUAUCUCCCAGACUACCAUCCUGCACCAUGGUGACCGCGUGAUCCUUGGUGGUGACCACUACUUCAGGUUCAACCAUCCGGUGGAGGUGCACAGCGGUAAACGAGUGUCCUGCUGGACAGAGGCAGGUGAUGGACACAAAGACUUUGAGUUUGCCAAAAAUGAGCUGCUCGCUUCACAAAGGGCACAGCUGGAAGCAGAGAUCGAGGAAGCCCGUCUGAAAGCCCAAGAGGAGAUGAUGCAUGGAAUACAGGCUGCUAAAGAUGUGGCCCAGAAGGAGCUCUCUGAUCAGAAGAUGCUGUAUGAGAGCAAGAUCAGUGCACUGGAGCGUGAGCUGGAAGAGGAGAACCAAAGGAAGAAAUGCCAGGAACUUGACAAUAGGCGGGUGGUCAGCAAAAUGGAGGAACUCCAGAACGCCAAAGUCUUGCUGGAGCAGGAGCUGCACGUGAACAGGACACGAAUUCAUUUGGAGGCUCAGGCCACACGGCAGGCAAUGGCCGACCACGAUGUGCGCCACGCUAAAAUCAUCGCGGCGUUGGAAGCAGAGAAGAGGAAGAUUGCAGUGGAUCUUGAAAGGCUUCAGAAGAAGCGGCAGCUAAAGGAACACCAUGCCCCCAAAAACUGUUCUCCAGCACUGACGUCAAAGGAAGUGACAGAAUGUGUUGGUCAGCCUCAAUGGGAUACCAUGAAGUUGUCUGUAAUGAUUGAGGAAGCGAACACAAUCAGCAGGAACCUCAGGAAAAAGACAGUGUUUAGCAGGCAUGAGCCUCCUGAGAAAGACGGUGAGACGGACCCGCAGAUUCAGGUGCAGAAUGCUAAGCUGGGCAUCUCCACCUUCUGGAGUCUGGAGAAGUUCCAGAGCAAACUGCCGGCCAUGAGGGAAUUAGAGCAGGGAUAUGGAGCUAAAGAUGAUGAUGUCUUUUAUGACCCCAAUGACACGUGGGAACAAGAUCUUUCGACGACUUCAUCCUCUUCCAUGUUUUCACGCCGAAGUGUGUUCAGCAUCCUCGUGGGCGGCAUGAAUUGCGGGCGUUCCAAGCUGCAGCAGCUAUAUCUGGCGGAGGACAGCUCCGCCUUAGUGCCUGCUAUGAAGGCUAUGUGCUCUGAGGCCGCAUCUCUCAAAUUAAAGAGUAGAAGUCUUCUGAAGAGCAGGAGGAUUUCUGGACGUCUCUAUGAGAUCAGAGUGCAUCCUAUUCAGGCCCUCAACUCCUCUCCUCAAGCUGGUCUGAUGGGGGUGAACAGGCCCUCAUCGCUACAUCACAGUGCACCCACUUCUGCCCUGGCUGGGAUCUGUAAGGAUCUGAUUGGCUCUUCAGUAGCACAGCUGCUUGAAUGCCAUGGUGCUGAGAAGACCAUGGCUGACAGGCUGGCCUCUGACCUCCUGGCCGUCCAUGCGGCGCUGGAGUCCAUAAGCGACUUGUAUGAAGGCCUGGGAGAGGACAGCCAUGAAAACUUGUUGGCCAGCAGCAGGGAGGCUCAGGCCCAUCUGGUGAGGGCCACGUCGGCUAUGGAGAGAGCAGCGUCCGUCACGCUGCUCUGGGUGUCCAGCGUCAAGCUGAACUCCAGCUCCGUCCUGCAGACUGCAGACCAACUCAAGGCAGAGGUCAAGAAGAUGGGUGGCUACUUCCAGCUCCUGAUCCAGGGUUGCGAUUCUGAAAUUUCAUCGAUGGUGACGGAGGCUCGCAGUAAAACUGGCCGGUGCCUCAACGCGGCCUUGAGGGUCAUCGGUCACCUUUCAGCCGUAACGGGAAUGGAAUUCCGCACCGCAGAAGCGAGCUCUGAGACCUCUGAUAAGUGCUCUGUGCUGACGCCUGUCUAUGAGGGAACCUGCAGCGGUAUAGAUCACCUCCUGCAGGGCGGCAUCACCCAAGCCAAGGAGAUGCAGCGUGAAGCUCGGCUGAUGACCCCGAGAACGCAGGUUUUGCAGAAUGUAAAGUCAGGGAUAUUAGAAGUUGGUUCUUCCCUUCAGCGGUACUUCGCUUUUAGUGCAACACAAAAUACAGAUAUAGAUGUGGACAGACCUCUUGAACAACCAGAUCUUCUUUGGGCCAGAAAUAAAGCAGUUAAUCUGUUUCAUCUGAACCUGGCAGUCAAGCAAAUCUGCCCGAGUCUUGCACAGAUCCUGAGAGUAAAAGAAAAUGGCAGUAUUAUCAGUUGGAGGGAAGUAAUCUGCUCAUCUUCGAGAACGAUCGCUGACGCUAUAAAUGGCCUCCACAAGGACCAGGGACCUGUGUCUGCGACUGGAAGCACGCAGCGCUCUGCAGGAGACGUGGCGGAGGCCGGGGACGCUGUGCAUGCCGCCAUGCGGUCUCUGUUGGCCGCGUUCGAACCCACGUGCGAUAAGAGCGUGCCAUUGGCCCGCGAGACCGGCGCCUUGGAGACGGCUGGCAGAGCGGUGGAUCGGAACGAGGGUGACUCCGCGCCGGGCGGCACCAGGAAGAACCGAACUGUCCGCAAAAUAGUGUACACCCUGUCGUCAGAGGCGCCGUUGUCUACUGGUGAUAUCCGGUGGGUGUAAUCACCCCCCCCCCCUCACCAAAUCCCUUUAACGUCUAUUUUCCCUCAAUGCACUGGGCACGUUGAUCAUGGCUGUCAUCAUUUAUGCUUUCUGAGAUCGAUAAUAUAAUAGCUUUAAUAAAAAGCACAUUUUAAAAUCAACUGUACUUUCCAGUUUCACGGUAGCUGUUUUUGUCAUUGUGUGAAAGUAGGCUGUAUUCAUUUUACACUAUUACAUAGCUGUAGCAAUGGGCCGCAAGGCAAGCAAGAGUAAAACAGGAGCAUGUUAUUUAAUUUUCUAAGACCCAAUAUAUUACCGGUUUUUCUAUAUGUGUCUUAUAAAUGCAGCUGCCUCAGGUAUUCAGAAAAAUGCUGUAAUCCCCACUCGCUUAAGUCAAAUGAUUUUUCCACAGUACUGAAGACGAAUGUUUUUAGAUGCUAUAGAUAUACGGAUGGGUUCCAGGGCUCAGUAAUGAUUUUGGUUCAUUAUACUUGGCUGUUUGUCCUCGGUGUUUAUGUUGGUCUUGUGGCAUUAAGUCUGUUUAUGCACCUGUACUGCCAGAGCUUAUAAAUGUCUUUUCUGAUUGGUGUGCGAGAAAAUUGGAUCAUUUGCGUUAAAUGAGAGAUUAUUAGGAAUCAUGUUUCAUUUAACAGCUUGGGAUGACAACACAAAAAUAAAUGCACAUAUUUCACAAGUGUGA